AUGAGACAAGAGGACCUGCUGCUCGGCUGGAGGGUGCACUACAGCGCCCCCUUCUGCGCCGCCACCCGCGCCACGGACGUGCGCGGGGGCCUGCCUCCGGAGGCGACGGUGCUCGUGGGCGCGGCGCUCGGCGACGGCCGCGGCAGCUGCCUGCGGGACCGCCUCGAGGUGGCCGCGGCGGGGCUCGUCGGGCCCGCGCUGGCGGAGACCGCGCGCGGCACCGCGCCCACGGCGCACAACGGGGCCCACUGGUACCUUGAGAGCGGCCACGCGUUCGGCUUCGCGGACGGCCCCGUGCGGCGGCGGCGCGGGGGCGCGGACACAGAGGAGUCAGGGGAGGCAGAGCUGGCACCUGGACGGGAACGGCGGCUAUCGCGCUGGCGCGGCUGA